GCCGAUUCCGGACCUUGCCUUGUUCUGAGAGCCGGACGCGGACUCGUACAGUACCGUGCAAGAUGGACUCGGAGAUGAUGGGAUCAUGACCCUCCAACUUGAUGGGCCGGACAUCCUGCAAUUUCUCACUUUCGACUACUACUACAGUACAACCGGGUCCAGUGGCAUCACCAUCGCUGUUCCCCCCUUGAUCGCAAACCCUUUUUACCUUGAUGAUUCUCUUGGUUUUGUUUUGUUUCCCGUCAUUGAAUUUCAAGUUGUCGUGUUGUUCAGCAGGCCUGUCUGUUUGUCACUAUUGCCAAUCUAUCUACAGUAUACCUCUCGUCGAUUCUCACUGAAUCCCUACCUACAUACAUUAAUACAGAAAUACCGUACCACUUCACUGACUGACUCCUCUACGCCGAAUUUGUCUCUCUCUACCUCCAACUCAAUGUCCGGAAUUGAAACGCUCGCAACGACCCCCAAGUCCCCCGUCUUCCCCGAUACCCUGUCGUCCGUAACGGCGCUGGCUCGGUUCGAAUUCGAAGCCGGGCGCGGAAAUGACGGGACAAAAGUGAUGAUGGUUGAAUGGCAGGACGACGACCAGAACAGACACCAAGCGGGAGGUAAAUGGCAGGUAUCAUGGUCAGGCAAGCGCACCGUCUUCUCGGCCGACGACGCUCCCUCAGACAACAUCCGUCGAGUCUAUUGUUUGUUGCCUCCUGGGGCCAAAGUCCCUCCUCACGUCACGCUGGAAUAUCAUCCACCUCCUCGUGCUGCCUCCUCCGGGGGGUCAGAGUCUGAGUCCGGGUCCAAGUCCGCACCCUUAAGAAUGACAGUCAAUCCCCUACCGGCCAUCUUCACGCCCGAACUGGGCGCAACCGCCAAAACCAGCGGCAAAAAGGGUGUUCUUCACACGAUCUGGGCGAAGAAGAGACUGUCAGUCCUGGAAAAGGAAAUUGCGCACGAACAGAAACAUAACCCCGAAGGCGUGGCGCUGGAAAUGGCGCUCUCGGAACGAGCAUGGAUCGAAACCAAUUUCGGCGUACUAACCAAGCCGCCGGCUUUGGAUCUGAGUAAUAUCUUGCCGAACUCCCAGGUGGCACAACCGACCAGUCCCGGGAUCACAAGUCCCAAAUCGCCUUCGGGAAGGAGACUGAGUGAAAAGUUAAAGGGUCUUAGUAUUGGGACAAGUGAGAAGGAUCUCGCUGCUGGCCUUAACACGCCUACGAGGGAAGCGCAUCCUCUUUCGCCGGAGACUUCGGAUAUGGCGUACUCGUCAUUCAGCGCUUUUCGCGGUAACUUGAAUGGUCCGAAAAGAGUGGUGGCGAAGGAACCACCUGAGCAUAUUAAACGCCAACAACAAGAAACAAAUGCAUCAGAGGCAGCGUCGCUCGAUUUCAGGGCACAGCAGCCACAACCACAACCACAACCCCAGCCGCAAAACGAUACUGAUCCGCCAGAUGAUAAUGACGACCUCUUUGCCGUGGCUCUAAGUCCUCGCUCCCCGAACGUGCCAAAGAGCCCGUUUUCCGUCUCUAGUGCCGAAGUCGGCGCUUUUGCAAAGAUCAAAGGCGAAAGGUGAUGGAGACAGACAAGGAUAGAGACACUUUGGUGGGCUUGGUGCUACAUUGUGGUACAGUUGUGCAUUUCAAGCUCAGCUCCACCUGGCUAUCUGACCUGGGAUUCUAUGAUAUUGUAUGACUUGGACAUGAUUUAUGAAACGGUACUCGACAACUAUGGAAAACUAUCUGAGAACUUUGCAUACAUUGUUGGCCAACGCCGAUCUAAGAUACAAACCCCAAUCACGGCCAGUCGAUGUGUCCGACAAACAGCAUCAUCUCAUCCUCCACCAAGUCCGAUGAUGGUAUACGACUUCCACCACGGCAACCAAAAUCACAAUGCUGAACAAGCCGAAGAACAAAGACGAUAAGACGUUACAAACCAAUUUGACCUAUGCAACCAGGGCCACGGCAGCCACCGCCAAUCCCGCAACGGCAAAACCAGAAUCCACCAGUCUGCUGGCCUGGCCAGUAUACGGCUUGGCUGAGGUUGAGCCAGUCGCGGGCGCGUUGCUGCCCGCAGGAGACGGCGGGGGAGGUGCAGGAGGCAUGUUUGUCCCUGUAGCUGGAGCGGUAUAGUUUGAGCAGCCAUGUCCAGUACCACCGCAUCCCGGAGCCAGCGUGGGCGCCGGGGCCAUGGCGGUCUUUGUGCAGCCGCAAGUUUCAUCCCACCACGUAUAUUGGGUUCCGGAGGCAUUGCCGGUCGCUGUUGCUGCUGCAGGCACCGCGGACGUCUUGGUGCAUCCACAUUCGUGGUCCCAGUACGUGACGGUGACGGUAGGGUCGGCACUUGCCGAGAUGAGUGUUGCGUUGACAGUGGCCAUUGGUGUUGUCAUCAUUGUGGUUGUCAUGGACGUGGACGUGCUGUCUGCGGCCGAAGUCGAUGUGGAUGUGGUUGAGCUACCCGCAGAAGCUGCUGAAACACUGAACAGAGGCGAAUAGUCCAUGCCGGUACCCUGGACAAGGACCAAGCCAUAGUUGCCCGGGACAAAGCCGUCGGGAAGCGUCACGGUCCAGUUGUAUGUUGAUGGACUCGCUGGCUGGGCGGCUGUAAGAUGGGUUUGCAUGUCAGCUUGUUAUACCACAACAAGGGGGAUGUGUGUGAUUUUGGUUAUGGCUGUCGACGUGGUGUGGUGAACUACUUACUGAAGACGGCACUGUUCGAGGUCGUGUUUCCAAACACCAGACUGACUGGGUCGCCGGUCCCAACUGUCCAAUGAAUCGGCCAGACUUGUCCUACCGUGACGGGACCCCAGGUCAUGCCGGCGAAGGAUGCGGUUUGAGCCAUGGCCUUGUAGGCGAAUGCUCCAAUGGCAAGAGCAGAGAGUGAAUGAUGCAUGGUGAUGAAUCUGUUUCUCUUUGUCGUUGCUGGUGAGAGAGGAGAGUAUAGACAACGUUGUCGAGGGAAAUCAGCCGCUGUGGCGAGAUUGAAACACACACACAAACCAAAAGAGUGACUGUAACUUGGAAGCCAAGGAAGGGAAAUGGAAAAAGGAAAAAAAGAACUUUGGCAGAUCAACUGGGCACGGAGCGGCAAUGCACUUGUAAAUGAAGGUGGCAGGCCACAUACACAUACACAUGCGAGGCAAAGAUGUGGAAUGGAGUUGUUUGUUAUGCCCUGGCCGCUCUCUGCCAAUGCCAGCCACUGUUGUGCGUGGUUGGAACGGCUGGCCUGGUAUGGUAUGCGAGGUACAUUCCAAGCACUGGCUGGCUUGCUUGACCGACACUCGCUGGAGUGCAAUGUGUGGGCCACAAGCAUACGAGGCAACUUGCACGCAUCGAGGAUAUUUGUCCGCACGCACGGGCACGCAUUCCUGGAGUCAAGGUGGGUAUGGUCAUCCACAUGCAUGUUUUGGUGUCAGGUCAGUGUGUCUAUGUGGAGUGGGCCAAGGGGCACCGUAUCUUUUCUGCGACGAGAAUCAGCAUCGUGCUUUUGGACCUUCCACGGCCUGGCUCCAGCGACCGUUGCUGAACCAUCUAGAUCACCCUAGUGUGUCUAUGUGGGCCAGCGGUACCAUAUCCCUUUUCUCUGAGAUAUGAGGGGGAGAGGACCAGCGACGGCAACAAGCACAGGAGGCUCAGCUUUGCCCUUUUGCAAGCCCAUUGGCCUGCAUCAGCCGGUCAGCGGCCUUGUCAACAAUCCAGAUCAACCGCAACCCUCCACUCAUCCCUCCCUCCUCGGUGGUAUUGGUAUUGGUCUGGCCCAGGACGGAGCGAUGGGGAUGUGCCACGUGUUGGUCCUGAUCUGACUUGAUCCUUCGAGUGCUUCCCGAAGAAUCAUGUUUGUUUGUCGGCACAACAGUCUCGAGGGAACAAGGGAGGGACAGAUACCGUAGAACCACAGCCUCUGCACUGGCAGAGCUGAAUGUUGACUGACCCGGUACCUAUGGUACCUAGUUUGAGGGUGGGCAUGAGCAUGGGCGUCGUGAUUCAGUAUGAUGUGGACAUGCAGUAUGUACUGUAGGUACACAAGUACGUACCUUAUGCACAUAUGUUUGCGUACAGCAACGGUUGACAGUUAUUACACGGAGAGAUAUAGAUACAAGAGCUGAAAGCGACUUGCCAGUCAUCAAGUCUUUGGUUGGCUUGCUGGCUUGCUUGCCAUCCCC